ACAAAACAUAAAUUAGAAUUGAUUUGUUUUCUCAUUUUGCUACAAAAUUUCCGUUGAUUCAAACUCCAAACCCACCAUAAGCGCCAAUGUAAAUUAAAAGUAAAAAAAAAAAAAUUUCGCAUAAUGAAUGGUGGACCUUGUCCUAGAUGCAGUGAACUACUACGACCAUGUUGUCGCUGCGGGGCAAUACCGUCAAACCUCGCGUUUCUUAGAAAGGUGCUGAAUAAACCGAAGAGGACCAGAAGUUGUCGCCACAAGAGACCACGAUGUGUCACAUUGGCUGCAGGGGGAGACAGUAUUGAUUGCCUGUGCUGUUUUGAUGCAAAUUUGGCAGCCAGGAGUGAUCGUCGCCUGCAGACAUGGCAACGCGAACUACAAUUGCGCAACAACAUAGCCGAUAGACUCGUGCAACGCACCGGUAAAGCAUAUUGCGAGCUGCUCUUCAAUCGCAGCGGCACUGUGGAUGGACGCGACAAAUCGAUGACACAGCGCCUGUUGGCGCAUGCGGAGAGCAUAAACCCGCGAGUUCAUCAGAAAAAGGCUGCCUUCACGGAAUGUUCUCCAGAUGGCUGUUGCACAAUGGAGCUGAUUUCCACACAACCUGCUAAACAGAGAUAUUUUGAAGUUUCUGGCUUGCCAGCGGGUGUUAAAUGUGAACUCAUCGGCGAGAAUUGCUGUGUGCGCCGAUCCGGUUGGGUAACCUCGAGAGCAGUACAGGAAAAUAUUGCCGCCAAGGUCAAAGAUAUCCGACGUGUGCUACCAUUUUUCCCAGACAUCGAGUAUUUGCAAAUUAUAGGCAGGCAAAUGACACUUUACGAGAAACCAGAAGACUUUGAUGAAUAUGCUUGUUUGGAAGAAGUGAUUGAACAGCAAAAUAUCGAUGAACCUUGCACCAACGAAACCUGUGCGAUCAAUGCGAAUAUUGCGAUGGCAGUAGACUCGGAGGAUGGUGAAGUUGUGACGGAUGAGAAUGUGCCGGAGGUUGACGGAGCUGAGCAACAGCAAGAAGUUGGCGAAAAUGUGAUGAAAUCUGAAUUGGAUGAAAAUAUAGAUGAAAAAAUGGCAGCGCUGGCACUUGAUGAAAAAGAAAGUAGCGCAAUAAGCUGCUCUAACAGUGAUAUUGAAUUUUAUAGAGAGUUGCUUUCGAAUAGAGCGAAAUGUCAUGAUAUCUUCUACAGACCUUAAGUAUCAAAAGACGGGUUGCUAUCAAAUCGUCAACUUGAGUAGCGCUUCCGAUAUCACUUCGUUUCUCUCGUCAGGCAGAUAAAUUUGCCUCUACAGCGACAUCACAACCUUCUGCGGAUAUCUAAUAUUUUUAUUGUUACGAUCUAAAUAGUAACAUUUGUUAAAAGUUGUUGUUGUUACAACUGCAAAAUCCAUUUAUAAAUACUUCAGAAAAAUGUUGCUUGACAAACCUGGGAAUAUUCCGUGGCAGCGGUCGACUUUCUUGCGAGCAGAAGUGUGCCUUAUUUUGCUUUCUGAACAUUGGUGUCACUCUGUAUAAAUAUAUUGUCAACUUUUGUUUACUAUUCAAAAAUCUGAAAAUCAUUGCAGUAAA